AGAUUUAGGUUCCUUUUCCCGCGGGAUACCCCGCCUCGGCUUGGUUUGUGCCAUCAUGUUCUUUGAUCCUUCGUAAGUGGGGGAUCGAUCUAAUGCAGCCUGAUACAGAAUUGGCGGAGGAGCGGGAGAAAAUGCCCGCCAAACAUGGAGGGUCGCCUUCGGGCAAUGAUGGAAACAGCCAACAUGUGACAAGUCUUGGGCACGAUUCUGUGUCAGCAAUAACUUUUUGCUCUGAGCAAGCUGAUAUUUCGUAAUAACAAAUUUGCAUAGCUCUGUUGGUAUAAGUCGUUUCGGCCACAUAUUCAUAUCGAACCUUGCAUCCUCUGUGGAUAACCAGCAACACUAAAGUUUAGCACAAAUUGAGGACUUGUUUCUCUAUCACAACACGAUGACGGCAACUUCGACGACGCUUACGGGAUCUCACACAAACGGCGGUCAUAAUUCAUAUUCUCAACAACGACAGAACGGGGGAGCGGGCAGAUCUGAUGUUUGCGUCGUCGGGGCCGGGCCGGCCGGCCUGAUGCUCGGGACUUUGCUUGCGAGAUUCGGUCAACGCGUUCAAGUCAUCGACGAGAGACCAGACCAGACAACUGUCGGCCGCGCAGAUGGAAUUCAGCCCAAAUCCAUCGAAACGUUGCAGAUGCUCCGCCUCGGCGACGAGCUUCUCCGCACCGGAGUCAGGGUUCACGACAUUUGCAUGUGGCAGAGCUCCAACGAUGCCGACCUGCGCCGGCUGAGCCGGUCCGUCCACUACCCGGCAUCCGUUGUGGAUGUUUUGCAGCCGUACAUCCUGCUGUGUCAUCAGGGUAUGAUGGAGGCUGUCUUCAUCGAGGACCUCCGGAAGAGCGGAGUCGAAGUCCAGCGCAGCCACAGCUUCCAAACCUACUGCGCCCUAGACGACGGCUCUCUGCAGAUUGAUUGCGAUCGCGCUGGUCUGGGUCCGACGGAAAUCAACUCGGAAUACCUCGUCGGCUGCGACGGAGCGCGGUCUCUGGUACGAAAAAGCAUUCCCGGCACUUACACCCAGGGGACGCCGCACACCUCGGUCUGGGGCGUCUUGGACGGCGAACUGGAGACGGACUUCCCGGACAUCUGGAGCAAGACAGUCGUCUUCUCAGAGCAACAUGGGUCCAUCCUCAUUAUCCCCCGUGAACGCAACAUGACCCGUUUCUACAUAGAGAUGAAGUCUUCAACCUCGUCGAAGGACUUGGGCGAGGAGUACGUCAUGGAACAGGCGCAGCUGAUACUGGCACCUUACAGCGUUAAAUGGCGCUCCGUGGAGUGGUUCGGCAACUACCAAGUCGCCCAGCGCGUGGCUGCGCGCUUCUCGGACGCGAGCCAACGAGCCUUCAUCGCCGGAGACGCCAGCCACACGCACAGCCCAAAGGCUGCCCAGGGCAUGAACACGAGCAUACACGACUCGUGGAACCUGGGCUGGAAGCUGAACCUGGCGUUACGCGGGCUCGCCAAGGAAAGCGUCCUGUUGGGCACGUACGAGCAGGAGCGCAAGAAGAUCGCGCACGACCUCAUCGACUUCGACUUCGAACACGCCAACGAGAUCGCCCGCGGCGAUGCCAAGCGCCUGGCAGAGAAUUUCAAGACCAACACGCGCUUCAUCUCGGGCGUGGGCGUCGAAUACGGCGAGAACGAGCUCAAUCGAGGAUGCGGAGAAGCCGUCAAGGGCUCCGCUAACCCGGGCUGCAAUCUCCCACCCGCAAAGCUCACUCGGUACAUCGACGCAUGUCCCGUAGACGCCCAGCUGGACAUUCCUGUUCUGGGGCAAUUCCGCGUCUACGUGGUGUCGAACAAUGUGUCGGGCGCUGCGGGCGCCUCGUUCUUGGGCGCCUUUGGUGACGGUAUCACGCGGCCGUCUUCUCUGGUCUCGCGCCUGUCGAGGGUAGCAGCUCAGUCGUACGAAUCGAAGCCCCGGGCCAGAAGGGCCGAUGAUAUCUAUGUCCGCCCUGAGAGAUACACUCCAGUCAGUCAACUUUGCACAUUUGCCCUCAUCACAUCUACGGACAAGAACGAGUUCGAGAUUGCUUCUCUCCCGCCCUUGCUUGCUCAGAGUGGCUGGACGGUAUACCUGGACGAUGCGGCGCACCUGGACACACAAGGCCGGUCCUGUACGGACAAGUGGCUGGGCGGUCUCCUCCCCAACGAAGCUGGGGUGAUCGUCGUGCGACCGGACGGUUACGUAGGGUCUAUUAGCCGUUGGAGCACUACAGAUGGUGGCGCCGGCGAGUUGGCGGCACAAUGGCUGGAUGACUACUUUGGUGGCUUUUUACAUGUAGCGGACGGCUAUUAAACGGCGCUUCAUGCAGGCCGAGCGAGGCAGGGAACAUAGCGGUGUGUACGGAGUGACACGACAAUAUAUGGGACAUGCAGCGCAAGCGGCACGAUUUUUGCUCAUCUUACGCAUCCGCCCAGCGUAUGAGCUUCUUGGUGCGUCUGUUUAUCUUCUCUGAUCGGGUAAUAAUUCAAGGACACGAGAGCUUCAGUGUCCCUUUUGUUACGCGUGUCAUCCAAGAUUGACCUGCAGAGAUUUUGCAGAUAAUGCAAUAUUGGCUUUUUUAGAAUUGCGCGCGCUCCCGGGAUG